AAAAGCCUCGAGUGGGCGGGGUUUGCUGUCAUUGCUGCGCUGAAUCCCGAGUGGAGUGGGUUGUUUAUGAGUAUCGGAGGUUGUUAAAUACAGCGGGAAGCCUCCGAGGACUCCUCAUACAGAGCUGGUGCUGCCCGCAGAUUCCCGGUCUCGUUCUACCGUUUUUUCCGCCUGGGUGAGAUGUCGGGCCGUGGGAAAUCCGGGGGCAAAGCCCGAGCCAAGGCCAAGUCCCGCUCCUCCAGGGCAGGCCUGCAGUUUCCGGUAGGCCGCGUCCACCGGCUGCUUCGAAAGGGCAAUUACGCCGAACGGGUCGGAGCUGGGGCCCCCGUGUACCUGGCGGCGGUGCUCGAGUACCUGUCCGCUGAGAUCCUGGAGCUGGCCGGUAACGCUGCCCGGGACAACAAGAAGACCCGCAUCAUCCCCCGCCACCUGCAGCUGGCCAUCCGCAACGACGAGGAGCUCAACAAGCUGCUGGGAGGGGUGACCAUCGCCCAGGGAGGGGUGCUGCCCAACAUCCAGGCCGUCCUGCUCCCCAAGAAGACCCAGACCUCCAAAAAAUGAACCCCACGUUUCCUGCCCCUCUGCGGAAGGGAAGGGGUUACAGGGCAGGGUGGGAGUUUUCAUAAGUCACACUUUAUUAGUCUCCUGGUGAUGUGAUCGGGGCGCAAAGUGGGUAACUUGCCCCUAAAGGUCAAG